AUGCCAGCGACCUCGACAGUGCCAGGUGCUGUGUUCGAUGGAGCGGACCCUCCUAGCAAUCUCGAGGAGUGCCUAAUCCCAAGCAAAACAGAGGACCAGUCUCUCAACUAUCUCGCUGGUAAAGUGGAAAGCCUCAACCAGCAGCUUGCGGAGGUGAUGCGCCUCCGUCAACGCGAACGCGAGCAAGAGAGAUGUCGUCGAGGAGAUGAGCAAAUUCAGAGGGAACGACUACACAAAGAGCAACUUGAUCACGAGAGGAAGCUCAAUGCACAGCGCCUCAUCGAGAUGGCACAACUGCACGAUGAAGCGCUUCAUCAGGCAAGUCGAGAUCACGCAGACAGUCUGGCAGAAACUGUUAGCCAGGUGACGCGCAAGCUCGAGAUGGAGCGACAAGCUCUUCACGCAGAAGAUCUCCUGAGUGUCGAGGCGUAUCGUAAGCUGUGGACUGCGGAGAUUGGCAGACGGACUAAGCAGGAGAAACAGCUGGCGAUGGUCUGUUGA